AUGUGGCGGACAGAUAUGUGCCGUUUCGGAAUUGGAAACUGGAUUUUUUUAAUCGCCAGCCUGCAUUUGUUUAUUCAUACCCAAGGGGACGAGAAAGAUGGCGAUACCGCUUUCCGAUUGACAUCGGAACCCCUCGACUGCGUGCUGGCGGAGGGCGAAGGGGGGGUGCUCGGUUGCUCCGCACCCGCCCCGGCGCUUAUCUCGUGGCGGUUCAGCGCCAACUCGCCCCCGACCAGAGACCACACGCUCUCACACGCAGACGCCUACAGAAAGCAGUCGUCGAAUGGUUCCCUGGUGAUCGAGAGCAUGUCGGCGGCGCUCGCGGGUCAAUACCAAUGCGUCGCGAGCCUCGAGGGCGUCGGCACGGUCGUCUCGCGAGUGGUCACCGUCUUCCUAGCCGAGGUGCCGGAGUUUCUGGAUGGUCCGAGCGUGGUGUCGACGGUGCUCGGCGCCAGUGCCUUGCUGUCGUGCGGCCUGAGGGCGCCCGCCCGCCUCGCGCUGCGCGUCAUCCCGCCGCCCGACGCGCCGGCGCAGCCCGAACGCCGCGUGUACGGCGCCGCACGGCUUUACGCGCAGCCGCCCGUCUUAAAACUCAACGUCACGUGGCUGCGGAACGGUGUGCCGGUUCGAAUGGAGCCGGCGCGAGUGUCGCUCAGCCCCAGCGGCGCGCUCGAGCUGGAGCGGGUGCGAGCGCACGACGCGGCGGUCUACCGCUGCAGAGUCGCGUUGCCCGCCGCGCGCCGCAGACGGGCCCAAGUCCGGACCGGCGCCGAAGUGGAGCUCCGCGUGAACGGCGAGAUCGCGAGCCUCGAGGCGGCGCCGCGUUUCAUCGCAACGCCUCGUCCGCUCACCGUGAUGGAGGGGGCGUCGGUCACCUUCGACUGCGCCGCCAUCGGGAACCCGAAGCCGGAGAUCACGUGGCUUAACAAUGGCGUCGCCAUCGACCUAAACGACCUCGACUCUCGAUUCUACCUGGUGGGCGGCGGUUCGCUGCGCGUGCAGUCUGCGCGCGCGCUCGACGCGGGCACCUACACGUGUCGCGCCCACAAUCGUCUCGACUCGGCCGACCACUCCACUCAGCUGCACGUCAUGAGCGUGCCGCGAGUGAGUCUGCCCGGCGGCGCCGUGGUGCAGGCGCGGCAACGAGGGGACUCUCUGCUGCAAUGCGAGGCGAAGGGCAAGCCGCCCCCGCGCGUGACGUGGCUAAAGGACGGCGAGCCUCUCACGCCCAACAACCACGACAUCGCUCUCGUCGACGGCUCCUCGCUGCGUAUUCAGGGCGUGUUACCCGUGGACGCGGGCGUAUUCCAGUGCUUCGCUUCGUCUCCGGCCGGCUCCGCUACGGCGCCCUUGCGUCUGCUAGUGCUGCCGCCACCCCACGCUUCGACGCGGGCGGAACGGCCCGACCUCGGCGAGACGUCGCCCGCCUUCACGGCCGACCCUUUAGAGUACGACGAGUACAUUAUAAACCAUCUUUCCUUUCACGCCGACCAAGAAUCGGACAGCGAGGCGCAAGGCAACGCCACCGUCGUGUCCGCGCCCGGGGACUUCAAGGCGGUCAUCGUCAAGCACAGGUUCGUCACGCUCAGCUGGCAGGAGCCCGAGCGCAAGCUGGAGGACGUCGUGGGCUACGCCGUAUUCUACCGCGUGCGCGGUGGCCAGAGGGAGCGGGUGUGGCGCGGCUCGGCGGCGCGACGCGAGGCAAACCUCGGCUCGCUCCAGCCCAACACGACCUACGCGUUCUCCGCUCGCGCCCUCACGCCGUCGGCGGUCUCACCCCUCACGCCGACGGUCGAGGUGACGACUCCGGCCGAGGAGAUGACUUUUGGGCCGCCGGAAGAGGUUCGCGUCGAGGCGACGAGUCCGCAGUCGUUGCGCGUCACCUGGUCGCCCCCGCUCGACGCGGCCGCUCCUCCCGCGAGCUACAACGUUUACUAUACGGAGGUGGAGAGCGGGCGCGAACAGAGCGCUCGGUGCGUUCGGUCGCCGUGCGCCGUAGAGGGGCUGCGUGCGGCCAGCGAGUACCUGGUGCGCGUGAGCGCCCUCGGAGGGGCCGCCUCGCGUGAGCGCACCGCCCGAACUCCCCCCGCACCCCCGGCCGCGCCUCCGGUCAACAUCACGGCGCUUCCCGCUACGCACACGUCGAUCCGCGUCCGAUGGGAGGCGCCCCCCGCGCGCACGCAUGGCGGAGCGCUCACCGGCUACAAGAUCCGCUAUCGGCUCGUCGGCGGCGGAGCGGGGAGCGGGGCGGGCAAGCGCCGAGCUGACUCCUUGACCACGCCCGCCGACGCGAGACACGCGGAUCUCGCCGACCUCGAACCCAGCGCGACAUACCAGAUCCGGAUGUGCGCUAUCAACGCCAACGGCUCCGGACCGUUCAGCGAGUGGGUGUCGGCCACCACCGAGGGCGCCGAGCGCGCCGACACCGCCGUGCCAGCUCUACCGCCGCCGCUCACGGCUCGCGCCGGUCGCGAUUGGAUUUCUGUCUGGUGGGCGGGAGGCGCCGGCGACGUAGGCGGAAGCGGCGCCGGACGUGGUUGGUGGCUCGGGUGGGGACUCGGAGUUCCGGACGAGCACUCUCGAGAGCUGCCUGCGCACAGGACUUCGUACGUGAUUCGGGGCCUCGAGUCGAACGCGGAGUACGUGAUAUCUCUGAGAGCGAGCAACGCGCUCGGGCUGGGCCCGGCGAUUUACACGACGGUUAGGACGCGCACCGCCGAUCCGGACGCCGAUGCCGACGCAGACGAACCGGACGAAACCGAAGACGCAGAAGAGACGGACGAUGCGGACGACACGCCUCCUCUUAUUCCACCUGUGGGCCUCAAGGUGAUAAUGCUGAGCGGUACCACGGCCGUCGUGUACUGGACCGACCCGACGCUGCCCAAAGGCCAGGCGGCGACGGACGGGCGGCGCUACGUGGUGCGCUGGGCGACGGCCGGCUCGCGCCCUCGCACCUACAACGUCACCGACCUCAACUGCAUGCUCGACGACCUUCGCCCUUACACCACAUACGAGUUCGCCGUCAAGCUCAUCAAAGGCGGUCGCGAGUCUGCGUGGUCCAUGCUGGCGAGCAACACGACGCUGGAGGCGGCCCCGGGCGGAGCGCCUCGGGACCUGCGCGUUUCGCCUGCCGCGCCGCCCUCCCGCGCCGCCGACCUUUCCUGGACGCCGCCCGCCAAGCCGAAUGGAAGGAUCACGGGCUACGUCAUCAUGUACGCCGUUCAGCGCGGAGGUUCCGGCGCGGCGGAAGAGUGGACGGCCGUCGCGGUCACCGGGGACCGUGCCCGCUCGCGAGUGGAGAGGUUGCGCGCUCGAACCACUUACAACUUUAAGAUACAGGCGCGCAACAGCAAAGGACUCGGCCCCUUCUCGCCCGUAGUCGCGUACACGACGGGGGCGGAGACCGGCGAGGGCGCCGGGCUUGCCUCCGCCACGUCCGCCUGGUUGUGGGCGAGCGCGGGCGGGGCGUGCGCCGUGCUGGCCCUGGCGGCCGCCCUCGCGCUGUCGUUAUGCUGCAGAAGACCGCACGCUCCGCUCUCGCCUGACACAAGCACUUACCAGAAAGCCUCCGCCUCCGCCGGUAUUAAGCCCCCCGACCUCUGGAUCCAUCACGACCAAAUGGAGCUCAAGCACAUGGACAAGAGCCUGCACAGCUCCGCCAGUAAGAUAUCGGCGGGCAGCGUCGACGGAGCGGGACCGGGCGGCGGAUUGGUGUCUUCUACCCUGACGCUGGGCCGCGCGCCGCCCGCCGAGUACGAGCCGGCGCGCCACGCGCCCGCGCCCACAUCGCUAGAUCGGCGUUACGUGCCCACUUACGUAGCCAUGACGGGAGUGGGCGUGGGCGUCGGCGUCGGGAUGAGCGCGGGCUGCACUUCGACGUGCGAGCGCCGAAGACACAUGCCCGACCAGAGCACUCCGUUGCUGACGGGCGUGGCGCCUCUCGGUUCCGCGCAGUCGUCUCUUGCGUCGCUCCACGGGCACGGGGCGCCGCACCCUCCGCCGGCCCCGUGCGGCUCCGUCGGGUGUCCGCUGGGCGCGGCCUGCUCCGCGCCGAGCACCGUUUCCGCCGGCACCGGCUCCGAUGUGUACGCGACGGCGCUUAGCGCCCGCGAGCGGGGCCAUUACGUCGCCUACGAGCCACUCGGCCACUACACUCACCGCGACUCACUGGGCAGCGAGGCGGGAGCGGCGACGGCCGCAAGCGUAGGGUCGCUCCGUCGCGGGGGCUGCGCGAGCGCUCUCCACAGCUUCACGGCGGUGCAGGACAACGCGUCCGAGCACUCCACUCCGUCGCACUCGAAGGCGGGCAGCGUCAGAGAGACGUCGCCGUAUAAGAAGAGCGCCAGCUCGUCGCCCGGGCACCUGCCCAACCGACUACAGCUGGGCGGCGGAGGAGUGUCCGCCUGCAGCUCCGAGCUAGAGCCGCUGACACCGUCGCGCUCUACGGAGCGUUUGCACCGCGACAUGCAGAACCUCGAGGGGCUCAUGAAGGACCUCUCGGCCAUCACGCAGCAGCAGUUUCACUGCUAG